AGUAUUCCACAGCCUGAACACCCUAAAGUGAGACCUCUGAGACUGACGCUGGUAUGCAAACCUUUGUGCUGUUGGUAGUAUGGGUACUGGGGAUAUCACUGGUGUUGCCAGACCCAGACACAGCAGGAGAGAAGGUGACUGAGGAACCCAUUCCCUGUUCUAAAGCGUGCACCUGUCUGCACGAUGACUACAGCUUGGAGCUCAACAUGUACUGCAGCGCUCGUAACUUCACACAAGUACCAACUGAUAUGCCACCAUCCACCCAUUCUCUCUGGCUGGACGGCAACCUGUUCACCUCCCUCCCAGCAGCGUCUUUCAGGGAUCUUACCAACCUGGACUUUUUAAAUCUGCAGAGUGGUCAGCUGAUGACACUCGACCCUCAGGCUCUUAAAGGCCUUCGGUCGCUUGCACACAUUCACCUUGAGCGAAACCGUCUCCGGGUGUUACCAGGUACAAUCUUCCAGAAUACGCCUAACCUCGCUUCACUUAGUCUGCAUAACAACCAGCUCAGCCGCAUUGAGGAAAGACUGUUUGCAGGACUCUCCCACAUGUGGCUUCUCAACCUCGGGUGGAACUCACUAACAGUCUUGCCAGAAACAGCUUUCCAUGACCUGCAAGGCCUACGAGAGCUCAUUCUCGCCGGGAACAGACUUGCUUACUUGCAGCCGCAGCUCUUCCAAAAUCUUGUCGAGCUAAAAGAGUUGGAUCUGACUGGAAAUUAUCUGAAGGUCAUCAAAGCUAAUGUGUUUGUUAAACUCACUAAGCUGCAAAAGCUUUACUUGGCCCAGAAUCAGAUUGUGACGGUGGUACCGAGAGCUUUUGUAGGCAUGAAGUCACUCAGAUGGCUGGAUCUGACAAACAACAAACUGACUUCUCUGCAUGACGACACUUUCUUGGGCCUGCACAGUCUUCAUGUACUACGUCUUUCCAACAACUCCAUCACUGGAAUUAGACCCAGGACCUUCCGCGAUCUUCAAUACUUGGAAGAAUUACGACUCAGUUACAACAGGAUUCGAGCUCUGGGGGAGAGAAUCUUUGAAGGGCUCGGUCAUCUGGAGGUCCUGGAGCUAGAACACAACCAAGUGCAGGAGGCACAAGUGGGCAGCUUCACGGGCCUCUCUCAUCUGGCUGUCAUCAACCUGUCUGGAAGCUGCUUCCACAGUCUGCCAGACCAGGUGUUCAAAGGUCUGUCAAAGCUGCACAGCCUGCAUUUGGACAGAGGUUGCCUAACAAGGAUCACAGCCCAAGCUUUCACUGGACUGUCUGGUUUACGGAGGCUUUUCUUGCAACACAACAAUAUCUCUGUGGUGGAAUAUCAGAGCUUUGUAGACCUGGUCGGCCUAUUGGGACUGGAUUUGAGUUUCAACAAGCUGGAGGUUCUCACGACCCACACAUUCUCUGGCCUCAAGAAUUUGGAGUACUUGCUGUUGUCCAACAAUGAUUGCCGACAGUUUUUGCAGAACGGCACAAAGCAGCUGCUUCCGAGGCUGCGCUAUCUGGACCUGAGAGCGAACGCCAUGACGAAUUUAGUCCCUGAUUUCUCCGACGGUAUGGAAAAACUUUUGCUGUCUGGAAACCGGUGGAGAUGUGAUUGCAGCGCCCUCCCACUCAGAAACUACAGCUUGAGAAACCCACUGGUGAUACCUCGACGAGUGGAAACCCACGCGGAGGGUGAAGAACCCGACACAACUAUCACCAUAUACAACAACAUCACAUGCACCAGCCCAUCACGUCUAGCUGGUCAAGACCUGCGGGACGUGGAUAAUGAACUAUUUCAAAGCUGCUGAACAGACACAAACAGACAUGUUUGGGACACGAUUCAGAAACAAAAAAAAAAGUCAGUUUGAUUUCAACAUUAAAAUUGUAAUAUAGACACAUUUCAGGAUAUUUCACAACAACUAUUGACAGAUAAAUUGUUGCCUUCUGAAGCCUUUAGAGAAAAUGUAAAUAUCUGGGAUUGUGCAGAGUUUUCUUAAAAGAAAAGACCAACCAACCCAUAUUUCUUUGCUUCAGCUUUAUGGAGUUAUGUUAAAAUGUUAGUAUGUAAUUGUACUAGAAGGUAAUAACAGUUGGUUAGCUUUCAACACUUCAGAAAAGAGACAGAACAAAUUCACAACAAAUGCUUUGUGACAAUUUAGUUUAUGGUAAUAUUAGAAUGUAUGAUGAACUGUAAAGAUCUGAUUUUUAGCUCCUAGGUGAAGCUGCUUGAUAUGUAGAUGGGUCUGUUGGAGAUAUUUAAUAAAAACAGAUUGAAAUGUGA